AAGAUAAUAUUAGAUGGAUUACCCGAAUAUAAGUUAUAUGAUAAUUUUAACAGUACUAUUUCCACAGAUGAAUAUAGUUAUUAUUGUGAUGUUAUGAAGAGUUUCAACAAUGAAUAUAGUGGCUGUUUUCCGUUAUGUCAAAAAUUUUCGAAAAAUUUGAUAGAACUAUCUAAAAUUAGGCCAGGCACAAUGAGUGAUAUAGAACGUUGUCGAUAUUUUAAUUUGUGGUUGUUCCAUGAAGUCAGUGAAAAAUUUCCUAAUUAUGAUAAAAAUAUAUAUCUUCCACCGAUUAUUAUUGGAUUUUUUUCAUCAUGGAGUCUUAUUAAUGAGACACCAACAUUAAAAGAUAAGUGCUAUUUUACAUAUAUUAAUAGUAUUACUUUGAGUACAUGGAAAAAGUGGAAAGAUGUUCAUGAUUUUUUUAGAAACUAUGAUAGUUUAAAAAAAAUAUUCCCUUUGAUAAAAAUAAAUGUUCCCUAUAUCCUAAAUACAUUAGUUAUAUUAAAGAAAUAUAUGGAGAAUAUACCAAGGAAUGCUGCGGUACAGACACAAGAAAGUGUCCUCAAGAUAUAA